GUCACUGUAUCCCCAUUCUUUGCACUUGCUACCCAAAAUGGAAGACAUUGCAUCAUAUCCUUUUUUCCAGUGCUCAGCCACCGGAUGAGUGUGUGGGUGUAGAAAUGGAAAACAGCUCACACUCUUAAAAAGCUUAUACUUCUCUUCUGCCUCCCUCAGUUUCCUUCUUGGAUUAAAGUUGCAACUUGAGCGUGGAAUUUACUGGCUACCCCCUUUUUAAAACGAUGUGCUCUUUGGGUUUUGCCAAAUCUUUAGGUUUUGCCCUAAUCCCACUUGCCAUUUGCUGCAUUGUGGCCAAUGUGCUGCUCUUUUUCCCUGAUGGAGCAGUGGAGUAUCUCAAAACAAACCAUCUGAGCUGGUAUGUGUGGUCCUUCAUGGGAAUAGGAGGUGGCGGGAUCGCAAUAUUCAUAGCUGCUUUCACAUUUUUGAGCAUGGGGAAGUGUGCUGACUCCUGUGGAUCAGAGAGCUGUGCUAUGUGUGGCUCAGUGCUAGUGUCUCUCAUUGGACUGGCUGGCUCUGGUUAUUGCUUUGCAAUAUCAGCAAGUGCCAUGCUACGAGGGCCAUAUUGCCAAGUAAAAUUUGCCAAUUGGACAAAUCCUUUCCAGGAUGAUGCAACAUACCUGUUGCAUCCUGAAUCCUGGUCUCAGUGUGAAAAACCUGCUAACAUUGUUGAGUGGAAUGUGACAUUGCUGGCCAUCCUGCUAGGCCUCAGCCUUAUCGAGUUUCUCGUUUGCUUUGUGCAGUUUAUCAGCGGAUUGGUCAGCGCCAUCUGCAGGCCUUGUUGCUAUAAGCAGCAAUAUAGUCUAAGUGCUUGAAAACUUAAUAUAUCCCAUAUAUCCCCAAGAACCAGAUUCUUAAAAUAUCUGACAGAUUAUCCAAUAUAUACCUGAUAUCUGGAAAGUGGGUCAGUGUAAGUUACAUAAUUCUGUCUGUAUACAGUAAUAGCAAAAUUUAUAUUUUUUGUACCCUUUAUGAAUUAUUGUUGAGAUACUAUAUGUAAGAUGAUUUUGUUUUUCCGAGAAGACAAUUUAUUUCAGUUGUGCUUUAUAAAUUCUGAUUCACAGUUUUAUUGUACAUUCUGUUAAAUGUAUUUGUUCUGUGUUAUUACAUUUUAAGACAAUUAUAACUUAUUAACUACAAAAAAUUAACAUUAUGUAUGAUAUAUGAAAAUGUAUUUUUCUUUUAUGCUUGUGUUGCUUUACGAACAAAUACAUUUUUGAUUUAUACAAUAGUCAUGCAGUGUUCUGGGAUAAUACUGGGAUUGUAUAACUUUACUCAGUAUUAGAGAUACAGUAGCUUUUUCAUUACAGCUUACAUUUGUAAAUUAUUUUCCUGUGAUUUGAGGGAAUUGUGAUUUAGUGUGCUGUUCUGUCAACAUAAAACACAGUAUUUAAAAAAAAAAAAUCCAUUUUACAAAUAGCCCUAUUUAGACUUAGAUUUAGUUUGGAAGUACAAUUUGAAUAUCACAUGACUAAAUAAGCAAAUAUGUGACUGUUACUGUGGCCAGGGAAAUUUGUUCAAGACAUGACUAUAACAUACAUUCUAGACUUUGAGCAGUUCUAUUUUGUUUCACUUGAGGUGACCUUGUAAAUAAAAAAAAAAAAAAAACCCACUAUUUUCAAA